AUGAUUCUGUUCCGAUUAGGAGACUCCAAUCUUUUCUUAAUAUCAACUCUACUAUUGCUUUCUUUCACAUAAAUUGUAGGGGUUUAAGGAGUAACCAAUUAAUGCGACAGUUCCAUGAAGUUCUGCGAUGAUAAUGGCUACUUCGACCCAGUCAUUAGCUAGAGACUUUUUGAGGGAUCUAUUUCUCUUUUCCAAAGCGCAUUUUACAUUACUUUCGAAGAGACUAGAGAAAAUUUUCUGCAACCUAAUCCCGCAGGCUGUACUCUCUAAUCUUAAUAACAGAUAUCAGCUAUUUAGUAACUUGGAAAUAAUGAAAAUGAUUUUGAUGGCAAUGAUAAUCUUGAUUUAGUGCAUUACUAUUAAAACACUAACAGCCAAUCUGAAGAGCUUUAGACAUUUAUUGGAAACAUUAUUUCUUUCCAAAGAUGCUCCUACGUGUUCAACUUUGCAUACAACCCAUUGACUUAAUUCAAAAGCUAUCAGAUAAAAAAGUUCACAGUCUCAAUAGAAUAUGAUGAAGAAUUGGAAAGAAAAAGAACAGUUUUUAAUCUGAAGUACUCAUAAUAAUUUUAGCAAGAAAAAUACUAUUCAACUUUCAAAGAUUUUCCAUGUUAAGUUACUGAGUUCUACUAUCAUCCUGAUUUUAAUGGAAUUUUCUAUCUAUUGGAUGACAAUCACACUAUUAGUGUGAAAGUUGAUACAGGUUUCCCAACAGGAGGCGAUCCAUGCUAAUCAAAUCUAUUUACAGACAAAUCAAAGAUGAAUUAAUUUACUUUUAGUCUCAAAGAAUUCUCGGGUUCUUUCUAUUUAGGGGUACUUAAAAACUUUGUAUUCUUAAACAACACUCUAUUCUUAGUAACAUAUAGUAACAGAACUGCAAGUGAUCCUUACCCUACUAUUGACUCUAAGAUUUGGAGAGUUUCAAUUAGACCAGCAUUAGUCCAGAAAUUAGAUACCUAUCUUAUUACUACUGUAUACAAUGACACAAUUGACCAAUUAGCAGCAUUUGAAAUGAAUGGUCUAGUUUAUACUUAAAAAAACAAAAUGGGCUAUACAAUAACUUAUCUAAAUAAAACUACUUAUACUACUUCUAUUGGGUUGCCUACUAAUUAUGCCACAACAGUAUUUUGGAAAAUAUAUUAAGCAAGAGUAGAUAAUCAUAUGCACAGACCAGUAUGGGGAGUAAAUAAUACCAAUCCCUCCGCUAUAUCAAGAAUAACAACCACUACUGCUUAAGUCUUUAAUGAUAUUACAAAUAAUACAGAUUUCUAUAAUUUCACAGUUUAAUUUGGAAGAUAUCAUGCUUUAGUUCUUAAUCCUGGACUUUGUGGGGCACAAAGAGAUACAACUGACUAUAACAAUAUGAGAGCAUUCGUUAUUAAUCUGAGAAGAAUGGAAAUUGAAAAAUGUCUAACCUAGUCUCUUGUUGGUUGUGGUGAUGGUAUAUAUAAGAGUGCAAAUGAAGAAGAAUGUGAUGAUGGAAAUCUAAAUGAUGGAGAUGGCUGCUCAAGUAGCUGUAAGAUUGAAGAAUUCUACAAAUGUACCUAGGUAGAAGGAGCGAAGAGUGUUUGCACUCCAAUCAUUUGUAGCAAUGGUAAGAAAGAUACUGGUGAAGAAUGUGAUGAUGGAAAUCUAAUUGAUGGAGAUGGAUGCAAUUCUACUUGUAAGGAGGAGCUUGGUUGGAGUUGUGCUAACUUUUUCACAUGUUAAUAGAUGUGCGGGGAUGGGAAAAUAUACUAGCAAAAUAAAAAGCUUGCAAAUGGCAGUAAUUAUGAAUUCUACAGAGAGGAGUGUGAUCAAGUAGUAGGUUGCAAUAAUGAAACUUGCAAGGCUGAUCUCGGCUGGAACUGCACCCAGAAUUUAACAGAUCUUACAGCAAAAUGCACUUAGUUUUGUGGCAACAAGAAACAUGAGGAUUGGGAGGUAUGUGACGAUGGUAACAAUGUUGAUGGUGAUGGUUGCGCUAAAGGUUGCAUGCAAAUUGAAUUUCCAUUUAGAUGCCCAUUAGUGGGUAAAUGCUCAUCUAGUUGUGGAAAUCGACAAUUCGAGGGUCUUGAUCUUACAAUUGGCUACGACAAGGAGCUGUAAGGCGAAGAGUGCGAUGAUGGCAACAACAUCGAUGGAGACGGAUGUUCAGCUGCUUGCAAGAAAGAAGCAGGAUACACUUGUGUAAACAUCUUCUGGUAAUUAGUUUAUGAACUACCAAUAUUCUACUCGAAAUGUACUAAAGGCUCAAAUGGAGGUGAAGGUUCAUCGAAUGGAACUGGUACAUAUUAUAGGGAGAUUUUUACCACAACUGAGUUCAUUUUUGAUAAUCAUGCAGUCAACUUAAAAUAUAUAAGCGGAAAAUUCAGACUUAUCGAAACUGGAGAUAACGAGAAUGUUUAUGGGAUAAACUAUGCAUUAUACUAUGAUAAAAUCUAAUAGCCCAUUGAGUACAUUAAAAUAAAACUUCUUAAAAACGGAGCUGAUGAUUACUAUGAAGUAAAAAAUACUCCUUAUCCUGUUUAAUUCUUUUCAAUAUCAAACAAAUACGCUGGUUACCAAAGAGGUACAUUUGGAAAAUAUUUAAUCAAGAAUAUCAAUCAAACUUCAUUAAGUUUCAAUGCUUUGGUAAAGCAUAACCAGACUGAUAUUAGUUUUGACGAAAUAUAUCAAACAACUAGCCUAGAUUAUAAUCAAUACCUUGGCAGUCAUGAGGUAUGGUACUGGCCUUAUGCAAAUGCAACAAUAGCCAGAUACAUGGAUGGAAUGAAUUGGAAAGGUCUUGGAUUUAGUAAGAACAUUAUCUCAUUAGUCAAGAAUCCUGGUUAAUAUCCAGAUAGUGAAAGAAUUGAGGAUAGAUUCUAGAGACAAAUGACAAUGAGUGGAUAGAUCUAAUUGCCAAUCAUAUUCUACAAAUGGUUUAUUUUCGUCUAUGUGAGCACAUCUACUUCUUAAGGAGCACUAAGAGUCUACAAAUAUUUUGAAGAUAUAGAUUUUCUAAGCCCCUACAAUAAUGAAAUAGUUUUCUCUUCAACUAACACCAACUUUAGAUAAUAUUCCUUUGUCUUCUUCAACAAAAAUUUUGGAAUUACUCUCAAAUAAGCUAGCUCACCUGUUCUCUAUAGAUAUCUUGUAUCUUCAAUGACAACCACAAGUGCAUCUAAAUUUAAAGAUGGAGGAUUGGUGAAAUAAGGCUACUCAUUGUCAGAACUGGUUAUGAUUUAAAGAAGAUAAGAUCCAGAUAAUCCUGAAGAGGAGAGAGAUGUUUAUGGAUACUUCCCUUCUAUUCCAGAGAUCUAUAGAAUAACAGCCAAUGAUCAGUAAAAUACUCUAGAAGUUGUAGAAAAAAUUGCAAUCCCUGCUAUAAGUUAAAGUGCAUCAAAUGCACUCAACAAUGGACUCAUCGAUGUUGGCAAGUAUUUCAUUGCUGUUUAUUCAUCUGCUCAGUGUGGAGCUUAGCUAGGCUAUGCAAUAACUUCAUCUUCAGCUUACUUCUAUAGAUUUAGCACGAAGGAAUGGCUUUGCAUGAAUCUUAAUAAUCCAUAUGAUACAAAAGAAGUAUUUGCCUGGUCUACAACAGUAGAUUCCCCUAAUAACAAUCCUGGCUGA